GGCGUGCGCAGGCGCAGGACCGGCUUCGGGCUCGUGAGCGGUCCUGGGGACCGGAAGUUGAGGCGAUCUCGGCGGUUAGAGAGGGCCUGCAGUCCCAGGAUGAACUUGUGUCCAUCCCAGAGGUCACCACAGGAGUCGUGAGGUGCCCUGUGCAUCACCAGCUUGACCCAGGCCGCAGGCCAUUUACUCUGCCAACACCUGUGUCGAUCCUGUACCACCACCGAAGAGGGAGAUUAGCUCUUGGAAGAGAAAGUGCUACCUUCUUGCAGGCACUGGCCUCUCACUGCAGGAAGUGGGGAAUGUCCGAGAAUAUCUGGUCCAGGCGCUCAGAACUGAGGCCAGUUUUGUGACAGCCCUGGGACUGGCCACGGCAUGCCGCCUCCCAGAACAAGGGAGGGCAGGGGUCCCCGGGACCGACCCCGGGCUCCCAGUCCUGAAGAGGCCCCAGAGAAAUGGGACUGGAAUUGUCCAGAGACACGGCGCCUCUUCGAGGAUGCCUUCUUCGGCGAUGAGGAUUAUAUUCGGCAGGGUUCCGAGGAGUGCCAGAAGUUUUGGACGUUCUUUGAACGCUUGCAGAGAUUCCAGAAUCUCAAGACCACCAGGAAGGAGGAGAAAGACGCCAGGCGGCCCAAGCACAGCCACCCAGCGCUGGCCGACCUGCCUCGCGCUUACGACCCUCGCUACCGCAUCAACCUCUCCGUCCUCGGCCCGGACGCUCGGGACUCUCGGGGGCCGGGCAGGCGCCUGCCCCCGGAGAGAGUGUCUGAGUUCCGCCGAGCCCUGUUGCACUACCUGGACUUCUGCCAGAAGCAGGCGUUUGGGCGACUGGCCAAACUGCAGCGGGAGCGGGCGGCACUGCCCAUCGCCCAGUACGGGCACCGCGUCCUGCAGACGCUGAAGGAGCAGCAGGUGGUGGUGGUGGCGGGCGACACGGGCUGCGGCAAGUCCACUCAGGUGCCCCAGUACCUGCUGGCCGCCGGCUUCAGUCACGUGGCCUGCACCCAGCCCCGGCGAAUCGCCUGCAUCUCGCUGGCCAAGCGCGUUGGCUUCGAGAGCCUCAGUCAGUACGGCUCACAGGUCGGCUACCAGAUCCGUUUCGAGAGCACGCGCUCGGCGGCCACGAAGAUCGUGUUCCUGACGGUGGGGCUGCUCCUCCGGCAGAUCCAGCGGGAGCCCAGCCUGCCCCAGUACCAGGUGCUGAUCGUGGACGAGGUGCACGAGCGGCACCUCCACAAUGACUUCCUCCUGGGGGUCCUCCGGCGCCUGCUGCCCCAGCGGCCCGACCUCAAGGUCGUCCUCAUGUCGGCCACCAUCAACAUCUCGCUCUUCUCCAGCUACUUCGGCAACGCUCCCGUGGUGCAGGUGCCGGGGCGGCUCUUCCCCAUCACGGUCGUGUACCAGCCGCAGGAGGCCGAGCCGACCACGUCCAAGUCGGAGAAGCUGGACCCGAGGCCCUUCCUCAGGGUGCUGGAGGCCAUCGACAAUAAGUACCCACCCGAGGAGCGGGGGGACCUCCUGGUGUUCCUCAGCGGCAUGGCAGAGAUCAGCACCGUGUUUGAGGCCGCCCAGACCUAUGCCAGCCACACCCAGCGCUGGGUGGUGCUGCCGCUGCAUAGCACCCUCUCUGUGGCCGACCAGGACAAGGUAUUCGACGUGGCCCCACCUGGAGUCCGGAAGUGCAUCCUCUCCACCAACAUUGCUGAGACCUCAGUCACCAUUGACGGCAUCCGCUUCGUGGUAGAUUCUGGGAAGGUGAAGGAGAUGAGCUACGACCCCCAGGCCAAACUGCAGCGGCUGCAGGAAUUCUGGAUCAGUCAGGCCAGUGCCGAGCAGCGUAAGGGCCGGGCGGGCCGCACAGGCCCCGGCGUCUGCUUCCGCCUCUAUGCUGAAUCGGACUACGAUGCCUUCGCCCCCUACCCUGUCCCGGAGAUCCGGAGGGUCGCCCUGGAUGCAUUGGUGCUUCAGAUGAAGAGCAUGAGUGUGGGGGACCCCCGAACCUUCCCGUUCAUCGAGCCCCCACCACCAACCAGCUUGGAGACGGCCAUCCUCUACCUCCGGGACCAGGGGGCGCUGGACAGCUCAGAGGCCCUCACCCCCAUCGGGUCCCUGCUGGCACAACUGCCAGUGGACGUCGUGAUUGGAAAGAUGCUGAUCCUGGGCUCCAUGUUCCACCUGGCCGAGCCCGUUCUCACCAUUGCCGCUGCCCUCAGCGUCCAGACGCCCUUCACCCGCAGCACCCAGAGCAACCCCGAGUGCGCGGCGGCGCGGCGGCCCCUGGAGAGUGACCAGGGCGACCCCUUCACGCUCUUCAACGUCUUCAACACCUGGGUGCAGGUGAAAUCUGAACGGGGCAGAAACUCACGCAAGUGGUGCCGCCACCGUGGCAUUGAGGAGCACCGGCUGUACGAGAUGGCCAACCUGCGGCGCCAGUUCAAGGAACUGUUGGAGGACCACGGGCUGGUGGCCGGCACCCGGGCACUGCAGCCAGGGGACAGCUAUAGUCGGCUGCAGCAGCGGCGGGAGCGCCAGGCGCUCUAUCAGCUGAAGCGCCGGCACGAGGAGGGCGCGGGGCGCAAGCGCAAAGUGCUGCGAGUCCAGGACGACCAGGACGGCUGGUCCAGCGACGAGGACCGGGGUGGCUCAGCCUCCCGGGGGGCCGGCGACAGCGUGGACAUCCAGGACGUGAACUUUAAGCUCCGACACAAUCUGGAGCAGCUGCAGGCGGCCACCAGCUCAGCCCAGGCCCUGACUCGGGACCAGAUGGCCCUGCUCAAGCUGGUGCUUGGCCGGGGCCUCUACCCGCAGCUCGCCAUCCCCGACCCGCUCAACAGCGGCCGCAAGGACUCGGACCAGAUCUUCCACACCCAGACCAAGCAGGGUGUUGUGCUGCACCCCACCUGCGUCUUCACCAAUAGCCCCGAGGUGCUGCACAUGCAGGAGCAGGCGGCCAGGGGCAGCGACGGGAGCCGAGAUGACAGGGACAAGAUGAGCAGCAAGCACCAGCUUGUCGCCUUCGUCUCCCUCCUGGAGACCAACAAACCAUACCUGGUGAACUGUGUCCGCAUCCCUGCUCUGCAGUCCCUCCUGCUGUUCAGCCGGUCCCUGGACACCAAUGGUGACUGCUCCCGCCUAGUGGCCGAUGGCUGGCUGGAGCUCCAGCUCGCAGACACCGAGAGUGCUGUCCGGCUCCUGGCGGCUUCCCUGCGGCUCCGGGCCCACUGGGAAAGCGCCCUGGACCGGCAGCUGGCCCGCCAGGCCCGGAGGCGGCUGGAGAACGAAGAGGAGGAGGAGGAGGAAGCCCUUGUCGACCACAAGGAGGUGGCGGCUCUGAGCAGGGAGCUGUUGCAGUUCAUGACAUCCAAGGUUUCCUACAGCCUCCGGCGGCUCACAGGGCUGGAAGUCCAGAACCUCUAUGUGGGACCCCAGACCAUCACGGCUGCUCCCAGUCUCCCUGGCCUCUUUGGCAACUCUACCCCGUCCCCCCACCCCACCAAAGGGGGCUACGCAGUCACUGACUUCCUUACCUACAACUGCCUCACGAGCGACAAGGACCUGUACAGCGACUGUCUCCGCACUUUCUGGACCUGCCCGCACUGCGGCUUGCACAUGCCCCUGACGCCCCUGGAGCGCAUCGCCCAUGAGAACACCUGCCCCGAGGCCCCGCAGGACGGCCCCCCAGGGGCUGAGGAAGCUGCCCCCGAGCCCCUCCAGAAGGCAUCUGCCCUGCAGAAGCCCUACCACUGUGAGGCCUGCCAGAAGGACUUUCUGUUCACGCCCACGGAAAUUCUGCGGCACCGGAGGCAGCACGUGUGAGCCCAGCUGUCCCGGACCAGGGCCAAGACCAGGACUGCCGCCCUCGCUCCCAGCCUAGGCUCGGAACUCUGACCUGGGCCCAGCCCGUGAAUAAACUCUCACUGAUGGACUCGGGUCUUUAAGCCUGCUCAUCCAUAAAGUGGGCAUCCCAGGUGGUGCAGUGGUAAAAACCUGCCUGCCAAUGCAAGAGACGCAGGAGAGGCGGGUUGGAUCCCUAGGUCGGGAAGAUCCCCUGGAGAAGGAAAUGGCAACCCACUCCAGUGUUUUUGCCUGGAGACUCCCCAUGGACAGAGGAGCCUGGCGUGCUGUAGUCCAUGGGGUUGCAUAGACAUGACUGAGCACGUGUGCGCACACAUCCAGAAAUCAGCAGCCAUCUCUGCUGGUCCUCCCCCGUGGUCUGACUCAUCCCUCCUAUUGCAGUGGCCACCUGAUGCGUCCUGGGGUAAAUCCCGGGAGUUGAGGCUGAGCAGGCUGAGCAGGGACCUCAGAUUGGAGAAGGCGGUGGCAACCCAUUCCAGUAUUCUUGCCUAGAGAAUCCCAGGGACGGAGGAGCCUGGUGGGCUGCCAUCUAUGGGGUCGCACAGAGUCGGACACGACUGAAGCGACUUAGCAGCAGCAGCAGGGACCUCAGGCUGCAGGUCCAGGGUCUGAUCACCCCUGGUGACCGCUCUCCCAGAGUCUAUCCUCAUGGCCUCUGCUUUCCCUCGAACUCGGAGACCCCGGAUUGGCCCAUUCUCAUGUGCGGCUUUGGGAGCUGGGUGGGGUGGGGUCAGUGUUCUGUGGGCCCACGGGCUGCCUGGUCAUGGGGGCCAUUCUGCUCUGCUGUCCGUGGGCAGUUCUAAGCCAUCCCCUUGGGACUCCCCUACCACGUCUCCCCCACGGACAUGAAAAGGAGAGGGAAUGCUGUGAACAGUGAUGUGAUUAAAUUCUAUGACUCAGGUUGAAAUCUGGGUGAUGGCAGGAUGGAUGUGGUCAAGACAGAGACCAUCAUGGGGUAGAGGAAAGACCAAGAGACACAGCAAGAAAGAAAGAGAGAGAUAAACUACCUGAACUCAAGAAGAAAUAGAUAAACUGCACAAUGCUAUCUGUGGGGUUGGCCAAAAAUUUCAUUUGGGUUUUUCAUAGCAGCCUAUGGAAAAACUCGAAUGAACUUUUGGCCAACUUAAUGCUAAGGCAAUUUAAUUCAUAGUUAGGGAUGCAGAGGACAGGCUUGGAUGGGUUCACUGGUGACCUCCAGCAGACAGGGACUGAAGACAAGACACUCAACAAUGGCUCAUUCACAGCGUGGAAGAGGACGCCUCUGGCCCAGCACUGCCCUGAUGCCAAAGCCAGACCCAGAACCACUUCCUGGGGGUUUAGCAAUUCACAAUACCACAGAUAAAAAGAACAGUAGUACAUCGUGGCCAGGCGCAUUUCUCCAGUGAUAGAGUCGAUUUAACGUUCGAGAGUCAAUUAAUGCGAUUCACCCUAUUAAAAACAGAAAGGGCAUUUGACAAAUUUCAACACCUUGUGGCCUUGGAUAAAGCCCCCUAACCUCUCUGCUCCAGCGAUUUUUUCCUCUGACAAAUGAAUGCAGCUAAACUUUUUCUCAGAAGGUUCGUUUUGAUGCAGAAGUCUUGGACUUAAGUCUAAUAAUUAAAUAAACAUAAAAAUAAAAUUAAUAAACAAUUAGAAUCAAUAAUAUAAUAAAAAUAAAAGUGCAAGUAAAAAAUGGUAAUUGGACUAAAUCAAAAUUAGAAAACUACAAAAGAUACUAAGAAAAAUAACAAAAAAUGCAAAGGCAAGUGUAGACCUAGAGAAAAUACUAUAUAUAACAAAUGUGUCAUAUAUGAUUAACUGUACAUAUUACAUAAAUAUAGAAACUAAGUUAUACAAAAAAAUUCAAAUCAAUAAGACAACUACUUUAUAAGUGGCAAAUACUGAAUAUAAACCCCCAAAAUAGAAAAGCAUGGUUAAUAAGCCCAUGAAAAAAUACUUGCCAUCAUUAGCCGUCAGGGAUGCAAUUAAAACCUCAAUAUAUAUCACAAUAGUGCUCAUUAGAAUGCCUAACAUAAAAAACCGAAUGCUAAGUCAGUAUGUGGCACAAGCAGAGCUCCCAUACAUUGCUGGUGGGAGCGUUAAUUGGUAAAACGACUGGGAAAAAAUUUUGAGAAUCUCCCAAAAUUGAACCUGGGCACGUCCUCUAUGACCCGGCAGUUCCACUUGUAAACACACACUCCACAGAAACGAACAAGGGUAUUGUGUGUUGGCAAUAGCAUUAUUUGUAACUAGAACCCCACUAAAUGCCUACUGACAAAAGAAUAGUUAAGUAAAUCGUGAUCAGUUCUUAGAACAGAAGGGCCUAAAC